UAGAAAAGUAAGAGACUCAGACAUGAUCCUGAAAUUCCUCCUCUUCCCUUCAGCAUUGAGAGGAUGAAGAUGAAGCUUCUCGAGAUUCCAACAAUUAAUGGAUCAGAGUAUGUAUCUGGAGGACUAAUAUCGAGGAGAUGCGACAUUUAUAGCUAUGGAAUCAUGCUAAUGGAAGUGUUCACAAGGAAAAAGCCAAGUAAUGAAAUGUUCACCGGAGAUUUCAACUUGAAAACUUGGGUAAACAAUGCAAUGUCAGCUGAUUCAAUCCUCGGGGUUAUAGAUACCAACUUAUUGACCCGAACCGAAGAAAUGGAAAACCAUGAGGGGGUUGUCAUGUGCUUUCCAAAUCAUAGGGGAAUUUUCAUGUGCUUUCGAAUAGCAUGA